GGGUGUAUCGAUGAGUCCGGCGGUUCAGCGCAGUAGCAUCCGCUGUCUGUCUGUCUGACCAUGCACCUGAGGUCCGGCCCGCAGCACACCCGCGUUCUGUUCACAGGCUUCUUCUGGAGGUUGUCGGUUGAGCCCCGCUGGAGUGCCGCUGGGCAGGUUGAAAAUAGAGAGGAGAGAGGAGACAACACGGGCAGGUCAGACAUUGCUCGUUGCUGUAGCUGCUGAUAGAGAAAGCAGCGUCUCGCCUGUGUGUGCCCAGAACAACAGACCGUCUCCGUCCGCCCCGUCGACCCCCAGCCGUUUCUCUGAAGAUGUCUCAUGUGACCGCGCUGUGGCUGCUGCCUGUGGUGUGUAGCAUCAUCAGCACCGCCAGUGCUACAUCCUCAGUGUCCCGGAAGUGUGAGGACAGUUUGGCCACUCCUCUUCCCUACAGCUCCCUCAGCAGUUCAUCUGUAUAUGCCAGAGGAUAUGGAGCUGGUUAUGCCAAACUCAAUCGAAAACAAGGUGCUGGAGGCUGGUCACCUCUGGAUACAGACCAUUACCAGUGGUUACAAGUGGACCUGGGUUCUAGGAAGCAGGUGGUUGCCAUAGGGACUCAGGGUCGCUACAGUAGCUCUGAUUGGACCAGCAAGUAUCGGCUGCUUUACAGUGACACUCAGAAAAACUGGAGGCCUUAUUUACAGGAUGGUAACAUCUGGACAUUUGAGGGAAAUAUGAACAGUGAGGGCGUGGUUCACCAUGAACUGCAGCACACCAUUCUGGCUCGCCACAUUCGCUUCAUCCCAGUGGACUGGAGCAAGGAGGGACGCAUUGGCGUACGUCUGGAGCUCUAUGGCUGCUCAUACUGGGCAGAUGUGAUCAGCUUUGAUGGCCAUGGUGUCAUCUCAUACCGCUUCAGGAAUAAGAAAAUGAAGAUUGCGAAGGAUGUCAUCUCACUGAAGUUUCGAACCACAGCUAGAGACGGGGUCUUGCUCCAUGGAGAAGGACAGCAGGGAGACUACAUUUCCCUCGAGCUCCGCAGGGCUCGACUGCAGCUUAGCAUCAACUUAGGCAGUAACCAGUACGGUUCCAUCCAGGGUCACACCUCUGUGAUCAGUGGGAGCUUACUGGAUGAUGACCACUGGCAUUCGGUUGUCGUAGAGCGAUAUCGGAGGAAUGUCAACUUCACUCUGGACCAUCACACUCAGCAGUUCAGGACCAAUGGCGACUUUGACCACCUUGACCUGGACUAUGAGAUCAGCUUUGGAGGGGUGGCUGUGUCAGCAAAGCCAAGCUCAGGAGGCAGAGAUAACUUUGUGGGCUGCAUGGAGGGAAUCACCUACAACGGAGACAACAUCACAAACCUUGUUCGCAGGAAGAAGGUGGACACGUCCAGCUUCCGUAACCUGACUUUUUCCUGCACCGAGUCCAAUUCCUUCCCUGUCUUCUUCAACUCUACCUCAUUCCUGCGGCUGCCAGGUCAGAGUGACAGUGACACUCUGUCAGUAAGUCUGUCUUUCAGGACAUGGAACCCCAAUGGGCUGCUAAUGUUUACGGCACUGGCUGACGGCUGGGUGGAGGUGGGGCUGACGGAGGGCAAGGUCUCCGUCUACAUGAAUGUGACACAGAGGAAGAACACACGCAUUGACAUCUCAUCAGGCUCAGGUCUGAAUGAUGGCCAGUGGCACAGUGUCCAUCUGAAUGCCCUGGAGAACUAUGCAAUGCUGACCGUGGAUGGAGAUGAAGCAUCUACAGUCAGAACAGCCAUCCCCAUUCAAAUCCAGACUGCAGGAACCUACUACUUUGGAGGCUACUUCAUGCACACUAACACCAGAUCAGCACAGCGCUCCUUCCAGGGCUGUAUGCAGAUGAUCCACAUAGACGACCAUCUAGCUGACCUCAGGGCUGUGGAGCAGGGCCACAUUGGAACUUUUGAAAAUGUUAGCCUGGAUAUGUGUGCCAUCAUUGACAGGUGUGUUCCCAACCACUGUGAGCACGGCGGUCGCUGUUCUCAGACGUGGGACACAUUCAGCUGCAAUUGUAGUGGCACUGGAUACACUGGAGCUACCUGCCAUACCUCGAUGUAUCAGCAGUCCUGCGAGGAGUAUAGGCACCUGGGGAAGAGCUCAGGGAGCUACUGGAUCGACCCAGACGGCAGUGGCUCUCUUGCCCCCUUCAGAGUCAGCUGUGACAUGACAGAGGAAAAGGUCUGGACCACAGUAAAGAACAACCUGUCUCCUCAGACUUCAGUCAACAAUCCAGACCAGGAAGGGAAAGCAGUGCUGCAGAUCACUUACAAUGUGACCGAUGAACAGGUGUUGUCAGUCACUGGCAAUGCAAAGUACUGUGAACAGUAUGUAGCGUACGCCUGCCGAAUGUCCCGUCUGCUCAACACUCCAGAUGGCACCCCGUUUACCUGGUGGGUAGGAAGAGCCAAUGAGAGGCAUUCCUACUGGGGCGGUUCUGGACCAGGGAUACAGAAGUGUUCCUGUGGUAUCGAACACAAUUGUACUGACCCCAAAUACUAUUGCAACUGUGACGCCGACGUGCGCUCCUGGAGGGAGGAUGCAGGCCUGUUGGUGUAUAAAGACCAUUUGCCAGUCAGUCAGGUUGUGGUUGGUGAUAGGAGCAGAGCUGGAUCUGAGGCCAAACUGACAAUCGGGCCACUCAAAUGCCAUGGGGACCGAAACUACUGGAAUGCUGCAUCCUUCGGCAGCCCUGCCUCCUUUCUUCAUUUCCCGUCCUUCAGAGGGGAAACCAGCACUGACAUCUCCUUCUACUUUAAGACUUCCUCCACUCAUGGAGUCUUUCUAGAGAACCUCGGAACCACCGACUUCUUGCACAUUGAACUAAAAGGGGCCUCGGUGGUCUUCUUCUCUUUUGACGUGGGCAGUGAGCGGGUGGAGCUCAGUGUGCGCUCACCGGUUCCUCUCAACGAUGACCAAUGGCAUCGUGUUGAGGCUGAGAAGAACAUCAAGGAGGCGGCACUGCAACUCAAUGGACAGUACAGAGAGAUCAGACCUACCCCCUCAAAGGGACACAAAAAGCUGGAGUUCUACAGCGAACUAUAUGUUGGUGCCUCAAGUGGUCAGAGGGGUUUCUUGGGCUGCAUGCGGGCUCUUAAGAUAAAUGGUGUGACUAUUGACCUGGAAGGGAGAGCAAAAGCGACUCCAGGGGUGAGUCCAGGCUGCCAGGGCCACUGCAACAGCUAUGGGAUGCGCUGCAGGAACGGAGGGAAGUGUUUGGAGCAGUACAACAGUUACUCCUGUGACUGCUCACUCACUGCUUACGAUGGACCCUUCUGCACAGAAGAUGUUGGUGGCUACUUUGAAACAGGGGCCUCGGUGCGUUAUGACUUCUUGCCGGAGGCGGGACAUUUUGCAUUGAGAGAAGGGAAGAGCCUAUCUGGUGUUAGUGUCCCUAGUGAGGCCAACCUGACACAGGAGGAGCUGGUGUUCAGCUUCAGUACCUCCAGCACUCCCAGCAUCCUGGUCUACAUCAGUUCCAGGACUCAAGACUACCUGGCUGUGGUGCUAAGGCACAAUGGCACUCUCCAGAUCCGCUACAGUCUUGGGGGGCUAACAGAACCUCACACCAUUGACGUUGACCAUCGUAACAUGGCCAAUGGACAGCCACACUCUGUCAACAUAACCAGGAACUUAAGAGAAAUACGACUCCAGCUGGACCACUACCCAGUGUACACAUACACUCUGCCUGAGGCCUCGGACACCCAGUUCAACUUGAUAAAGAGUAUCUUUCUCGGAAAGGUCUUUGAAACUGGACAGAUUGACCACAUCCUAAUCGAGCGCUACAACACGCCAGGCUUGGUGGGCUGUCUGUCAAGAGUUCAGUUUAACAGUGUGGCCCCUCUGAAAGCUGCACUACGCUUGGGCCUGGCAGCACCUGUCACCACCCAUGGGAUUUUGGUCCCAUCCAAUUGUGGAGCCUCACCCUUGACCAUCUCCCCCAUGGCCUCAGCUAGUGACCCCUGGCACAUAGAAGCAGCUGGAGUUGUUUUCCCUUUCAAUGAGGACAAAGCCAGUGGUGAUGGAGUGGAUCGCAACUUUGUCAUAAUUGGAGGCAUCAUCUCCAUGGUGAUCUUCAUUGUCCUUUGCAUCAUGGUGUUUAUGAUCCGUCAUCUGUUCCGCCAUAAAGGCUCCUACCACACUAAUGAGGCCAAGGGAGCAGAGUCAGCAGACUGUGCCGAUGCUGCGAUCAUCGUCAAUGACCCGGCCUUUACUGAAACCAUCGAUGAGAGCAAGAAGGAGUGGUUCAUCUGAACCCCUCCCAACAACAUGGACACAUGACAUUAGGAUGUAUGUAGUUUUCUAAGCAUAGGCAGUUGUAGUGAGGUGACCCCCGGUGGAACCUUGAGGAUGUGCCGAAUGGUUUAUUCAAAACUUUAUGGACAAUGGCAUUACAAAAUGGGUAUGAAAGCACAGGGGAACGCACUGCCUGGCAGAGCCAAUGUUGAAAUGUGGAACGGUUUAUUUAAACUUUAUUUACAAUGGACAGGAUGACAGCCUUCAUGGUUCAGAGAACAGUGCCAUUAAGUUACAGGCCAUGGAUAAGUGAAUGUGUUAGCCUUCCUUUUAUUUUUUUAUCAAUUAUAAUUUAAUUUCAAUUGAACUUUUGUUAUUUAUUAAUAUUUGAGUAAUAUAUUUUUUCAUUUAUUUAUUUCUAUAGAUUGAUAUCUGUAGGCCUUUGUGCAGUGUGCUAAAAUAUCAGAUUAGAAGAUGAUGGCAUUAAUGGUAAUAAUAAAACUUAUUCAUCUAUUAAUGCCAAUAAUCACUCAUAUCUGUAGCAAUGCUUAUUAAUUGUAGGGGGAGUUUACAUUAUGUCUAAUCAUUUGCAUUACUUUAUAUUAAUUCCAGUUGAGUUUAAUUUGAGCCUUAAGACUGAAACAGUGUGUGUGUGUGUGUGUUUGUGUGCGCGCGCGUGUGUGUGCUAGUGCAUGAGUGCACACUGACUGGCCUUCUUGCCUGUAGAGGAGAUGUAGCCAUGACAAAUGACUACAUCAUUUAGACUAAGACCUGAGGGAAAAUUGGAAACACCACGCUUCUAUUUAUUUUUGCAUCUACAUAAAUGACAGUGUCUCUUAAUGACUUUUUAUCAUUGAUUGUUGAAACUUACUGAUGCAUCUUUUAUUUGACUGUUUUUGGUGCCAAAUGAGUUGCGGCUUUUGAACAAGGAAUGAUGUCCUGUCAGUCCACAAGAGGUCAACUUGCUGUUUUGGUUAGGUUAGACAAGAUGUUAAUAUUAUUAUCAUAACUAUGUUCGUACAUCGAGACUGGUGGGGAAUAAGUUUAGCUUAAUGCUAACUGCUAGCCUAACUCCACCUCGCGAGCCUAACUCCAUCACAAGUAAUCAUUUCCAACAACUUAAAAUUUCCUUAUUGUCUGUUGUUUGUUGGCAAACUCCAUCCAAGAACCAGCUUUGCUAACAGUAGAGAUAAAACAGGGCUCCAACCUGACAACCCUACUGUGAGGACAAGACUGUUUUGUUUUGGUUGGUCAAAAGAUAUCUCCAAACAUGAUGUCUCCUUUCUAUUUCUACACAAGAUAUUGUGUUAAACACGGCUGUGAGUUGUUGAACAGGCACAUUAUCAGAGCCACUUGCACCAGCCCCGAGACAAGUCCAACAGAGACCCAACCCCUUGGGUCAAUUGAGGAAAAAAGAGUCAUGUGCAAGUCUGUACUCUCAGACCAAUCUUGGGCACACAGCUUGGGCAUAGACUUGUGAGCACACAUUUGCAAGCUGAGCACAGAUUCACACGUGGCUCUUUUCUUUCUCAACAGACUUAAGUGAACUCUGGUUUUGAGAUAAAAUGGGGUCAAAUGACAAAAAAGCUAAAUUGAUAUAAAUUCACUCAAUUAAGUCUUAUAUAUGUAUUAUGUAUCACUAUGGGAUAUUAUCAAUACCUACCAUUGUAAAUGACAGCUUAAAAGAGUAGAUGUGAUACUAAAGAAUAUGUGAGAAUUUUUACAAGCCAUUGAUGAGCAGUAGAGCAGUGUAGAGUCGGCACAGAACAACUCUGCCAUGCCGGUCGGGUAAAAAGCUCCUCAAUUUCAAAUAUUGACGACACACAGUGGAGACAUUUAAUAGGUUUGAACCUUGUCUUGUUUCACUUGUGAUGGAGUUAGGCCAGCAGCUUCACCAUGCUCCCAGUCUCUGUGCUAUUCUGGAGUAAACACAUCCUGAACAUUUUGGUACUGGAUGAGAGUUGAUGAAAUUUGCCUGUCCACCUCAAACAACUGACUAGGGAAGUGUUCAGUGUUCAUUAUGUUGAUUUGUCCUAAGUUUUCUUUGUUCUCUCUGAGCUGCAGGUGUACUGACUUUGGGGCUAGAUAGUAUGGCAUGUGACUGAGACCAGCUCCGUUGUGAUAGAGAGCAGCUACAAGAAGACUUGGCUGACUCAGUUCAGGAUACUUCUUUUAAAAACUUGAGCUAUGUAUCUGAUUUUGAAGUAGUAAGAUGAGGUUUCUUAAAAAGAAUGUUUGUUACACACAUAUAAAACUACGGCUUACAUCCUGACAUUUGAUUGUAUUGCAUCUGUAUACUAUUGACUGCACUGCUGUGUAAUGGCAUGUUGUUUGACACUGAAUGACUCACAUUUCUGAUUUGAUAUGCUACUCUAGAAUCACAUAGCUUUUUCUUCAUGUUAUAUGUAUAAAACCUUGCCUAACUGUUCUUCUUUUUAUAGCUGAUUUCUCAUUCUUUGUGCUUUUCUCAUUGUCUUGAAAUUUCGCCUUGAAAGACCAGUAAAACAUACAGUACAAAUCUUA